UCAAACCAGACAUUCUAGUUGUGAGGUGGCGUUAAAGCCUUCAAGUCGUCCCCGAACGUUAUAACCUCACCGUCUAACGUCGAAAAACUCUUUGAAAUUAUUCGUGUCCUGCUAGAUUCCUCCUCCUUCUUCGACAUACCUGACUGGAUUCCACGGAUUGUCGAGUUUUAAAGGAAAUUAUGAAUCAUUCGCGUAGCUACCUUCGAUUUAGUGACUCGAUUCGCUUGCGGAAAGUAAAUACAAUUCUCGUUUUGUUUUAAAUGACCGGUGCGAUCGAGUGCUACCGCAUUUAACGUUAGUUUUGUAGUUUUUUCUCAUGUUUAUAGUGUUUGGAGAAUAGUUAUCAAAUAGUAGAAAAUGAAUAAUGUUUACCAUACAGGCUUUUAUCCCAACCGGACAGAUAUGUGUUUUGACAAUAAGGGAAUGGUUAACGCAGCGCCCUCUGAUCGUACGAGUUCGCCGACUGCACGAGUCAAUAUUCCAGCAACACCAGUAGUCGACAAAACACCGAAUAAACAGUCGACGAAGAUAAGACUGCGCAAGAGAAUAACUGUUCCAUUUUUAUCGAAUUUAAUCGUCGCUUUAACUGUUUUGGCUCUACUAAUUCUCUUGGAAUAUGGAUUUAUACCAGGGAAUAAGCUAGGAUUUUAUUGCCAAGAUCCGUUAAUAUCCCACAAGUACAAAGGGGAGGUGAUAUCGCCUUUAAUAUUAGGCCUCGGAUCCCUUUUAAUCCCCUUAUUAGCAUUAAUAGCUGGUGAAGUAUUAUCGAAAAAGACUUUUAAAAAAAUUAACUACCGUGAAAUAUGGUACUACUAUCGAGAAUGUGCGACUGGAUGCAUUUUAGUACUUCUAUUGACAGAAGUGGCGAAGAUCCUGGUGGGUGAACAUCGACCACAUUUCUUUGACGUUUGCGCACCGGAUACAGCUAAAAACUGUCUUCCUUCCGAGUACAUUGACACAUACACAUGUACAAAUCCUAAUUAUAGCAAGUAUUUUCUGGUGGACAGUUCUAGAUCAUUUCCAUCCGGCCAUUCGUCCAUAUCCUGGUUCAUAGGCACUUUUUCGGCUUAUGUUAUCCAGACAAGGUUGUCCACAAUUUACACUGGAAGGUUGCUAAAGCCAUUCCUUAUAGCGAUUUGCUUUAGUUGGUCCUUUUUAUGUUCCAUGACAAGAAUAACUGAUAGACGGCAUCAUUGGUGGGACGUUCUAGCUGGAUCAGCCUUAGGCAUACUUGGAGCCUUUUAUACAAUAAAACUAGUGCACAAGAAGAUUUUCGGAACAGACGAAAUCACUAAAGUUUCCACAUCCACUACGACACUUUUAGAUAUUAAAAAUAAAGAUGCAACAAGUGUUAUCAUAUAAGUUUACUUUUUUUUUAAAUCUGCUGUCAUGAAGUGAGAAUAUUUAUUUGGUAGAGAGGUUUAAUAUGUUUAAUUUAUUUAUAAAACCCUCUACUGAUCAACUGAUGUCUGAAAGUAAAUGAUAUUUCUCAGAUGUUCUAACUAGGGAAAGAUGAGAGAAAUAUUUAUAACAUAACAUCAAAAUUCCAAUAUUUCAUAGUUAUUGGAAGAACAUUGCAAAAAAUAAUUUAGCUUUAAUUAAUUUUUUGUAAAGGACAUCAUUAAUAUUUCAAAAUUGUUGAAAGUAUUAUUUUUUUAUUGACUUAAUUUGAUUAAGUAAUUAAAUGUAUCUCAAUGUUGAUGAUGUUUUAGUUAACAAUCAAAUUUGAUGAUUAUUUAUUAGUAUAUGGAGUAUAUUAUGUUUUUUUAUUGUUGUAUGUCAGAGGUCCAAAAGUUGCACUUCUAAACAAUGAUAUGAAGUAUUAAAAAUGAUAAUCUCGCACUAAGACUGUCACUGAGCUCUAAAUAUAAAACGUAGAUUUCGAUAUGACUCUUAAGAAUAAAAGUGUAAUGAAAAUAAAUAUAAUUAGGUUCUCUAUAUUGCUUUGUAAUAUUUCUCGACAAGUUUUGAAUGUGGAUUGAAUUAGUCAUAUGAUACGAAUUAAAUGUAGGGGAACUGAAGGUAAAAUAAUAUAUUUAAGAAAAUCAACAAAAUAUAUCUUUAUUUUAGGAAAUUUUUAUAAAAUAUACUUAUUAGUAAU